CUGCGCCAUUCUCAUUUCCCACUCCCUCCAUUUUUCUUGAGUUAGGGUUUUCCACCAUUUUUUGCCAUUUUUGGUAGCUUCUCUACUAGAUAAAUGCUAUACGUUUUCUAGGGUUUUGGCCAGCUUUCUUUGUUGUUUCUUUCCUUUUGUGGAAGGUUCCUCCAUCUUGCCCUCCAUUUUUGCCUUUUUUGGCCAUUUAUGCAAGCUUUUAGAAGAGAAUUGAUCUUCAUUUGCCAGGGAUUCUCUUAUAUUUCUGUUAUUUCUGUCCUUUAAUGGAGUUUUCUACUAGUGGAAAGCCUGAUGGCCUGGAAAUAGCCUCCGUUGGAGUACUCCACCGAGGUUCUUGGGACAAAAAGUACUGGAGCUGCUCGCGAGGAAAGGAUCGCUAUCCAUAUCCAAUUGGUUAUCAUGCUGUUCGCAUUCAUGGCGGGGAUAGAUAUAAGAUGGAGAUUAAUGAAGGUCCAAAAGGGCCUUUAUUUGUGGUUUCUUCUGAUGAUGGGAAUUCUGGCACUGGUGAAACCCCGGAUAUUGCUUGGGAGAAUUUUCAGAAGAAAUGCAGUACUCGAGUGAAGAUGUGGCAUGGGAAAAGAUUCUCUUGCAAAAUCGAUGGGGUUCAGAAACCCAUGCUGUACGGAGGAGCUCAAUAUUUUUGUAAAGCACCCAUGUGCCUUACUAUCAAAAGAGGUUUGGUGGCACUUCUGGUGGAGAUGUUCCUCCGAAAUCUUUUUGGCUUCAGAAACCCUCUUGUUCAGCGGCUACUUCGUGAACUUGUGGCGAGUGCUAAUGGAGUGGCAGAGCAGAGUUCUGUAUCACCUUGUUCACCCAGUAAUUCUUCAAAACUCGAAGUGCAUUCUAAAACCUCACAUUCAUGUCCAGAUUUGGUGGUAAGCACAAGAAAGCAUCAGAGUACUGGAAAGAGAAGCAGUAAAAACAGAAGUACAACAAAGAUUGCCAAUGGGGUGGUUCCAGUUAAGAAACAUAGAUCCGAGGUAGUAACACCUUCUGGAAAUGGAUAUAUGUCAAAUGACAAUGUGAAUGUUGAUGAAAAAGCCACUGCCUCUACUGAAGAGAGACAAUCCUGUUUAGAUGAGAGGAAGGAUGAGGAAUCGCAUCAAACUAAUUGGGAGUAUUGUGAUGUCACUUCUAUGGAUGAAGACUGCAGACAAAAAGGCACGAGUGAUCCAAAGUUGCAAAUGUGGAUUCCUGUGGUUGAGAGAGAGAGAAAUCUGGAACCAGUUGUGGAAAGUUUAUGCCACCCUUCUGAUGAUUCCUUGGCGAAAGAGCUCAAUCCCUGCCCUGCCUCGUUGAAAGAGCAUUCCUGGAAGUUCGAUGGGUCAAGAGAUACUGUUGAUGGAUCAGAUUCCCUCCCGGAAACUUAUGAUGUUGGUGUUGUAGAGCUGAACUCAAUAUCUGCUUAUGUGCCUGAUACACUGGAUUAUCAACAGGAUAAUGUAGCUGAUUCUGCAUUAGAGACCCACAAGUGUAAACUUGGCACUGAGGGAGUUGUUGGCCUUCAACUACUGGUUACCCCAGAACCUAACGAUUCUUGUGUUUUCUACAAAAAUUUAUCUAAAGAGGGAACAAAUGAGGAUGAUGUAAACAGGAAUUGCAGUAGCUCGGAAAGUUUGGAAUUGGAUCCUCUGAUAUCAGUCACAAAGAAGAUUUCAAGUCCUGUGAAAGUUGUGGUUUCUUCUGAAAAAUUGAAAGCUGAACUGAAUUCAGGAGAGGAAAAUGGCACAUUUUCCAGUACUCCAAAUACAAGUUCAGAGAAGAGUGAUUUUGAUUCAGCAGGUCAAGAAUUAGAGAAGUCUAUGAUGAUGGUGCUUCUUCCACAAGUGCUCCCUUUACUUCAGAAGUACUCGAGAAAGAAAAAGGUUAACACAUGGAAGAGGAAUACUUCAUCAAUUAAAUCUGGAAUUCAUGUAAAUAAGGAUGGAUUGAAGUUUCUUUUAGAGGCCAAUGGGAAUUCUCGCCCUAGUGACAUUGAAUGUGAAGGUGAUUUUGUUACUGGAUUAUCAAUAAAGGAAAAUGAAACUCAAAACAAGGAUGUGAGGACUCAUAUGGAGAUGGACUUACCUUCUAAAGGAUUUGAAGUUGAUGUGCCUUCUAAUGGCUGCAAAAACAUGAUGUCCCUUGACAAUAAUAAGAUGGUUACUGAGGGGAAACAGUCCUCAGAAUAUGAAUCUGUUGUUGCAGGUAGCUUUGAGGAUGAAAAUUGUUUAAAGGGCAAAAAGGGCAUGAAAGCUUCUCAUUUGGAUUUUGAUGGACCUUCUGAUCAAUCUCCUAUUAUUGCAACUGCAUCUGAUCUCAAUAAUUUGAAAUUGCAUGAUGAUGUAUCUGAGGAAUCAGAAGUUCCUAAGCGGAAUGCUGAAAACCCAAUAAACAGUGAACCCUCCUAUGGUGGAAUGGAUGCACCAUUAAAUGAGUAUCUGGAACCUCCUAAUAACAGCCCCAAAUGUUUAUCUGCUCCCUCGGUGGUAUUGCCUGUUGUACAUUUUCUUUCAGGAAGAGAAGCUAAAGGUGCCUGCUUCGCUGAUGGCAAAGAUUCUCAACAGCCAUUUUCUGCCUCUGUAAUCUCAAUGGAUAUGGACUUAAUGAUCUUACCUGGUUGUGAAAGAGGUAUGCCAUCCAAGGAGUCAGCACUUUGCAAGGAUAAUAACAUUCAGAAUACCCAAAUUUGUGAUAUUCAAAAUGAGGAAAUUCCUGAGAAGAAUCAAUCAGAUAAACCACUUGAAAAAUCCAGUUGCAAGAUUAAGGAAUCCUUGGGAUUAUGCCCUCUAAUGGAUACUGAUGCAAGAGAUAUGAAACCAGUGAUUGAAAUAACAGAGAACAUGCAAGAGGGAGAUUCCACUGUACAUGCUUCUCCAGUUGGAAAGUUUCAAAUUGUUAAUGUUCUAUGCAAUCAAGCUCAACCUGGUAUUCAAAGACCUUCCUCCAUAGUAAAAGAUACUGCAUCUUGUGAACUUAAGUUUGCAAAUAAUGGUGUUCAAGUGCCUUUUAUGCCUCUUGAUGAUAGAAAAAUCAAUUCUGGGACUGCUGCUUCUUUGCCUAGUCAUCAGGUUCCACAGAAUGUAGCUGAUUCUGUUGAAGAAAUCUCAUCUUUGCCCCUAGCAGGAGAACUUCUUUGUGCUUCUACAAAUUUUGAUUCCGGAGAGAUAAAUGAUAUAAUCCAUGAUGGUGGUUCCUUUAAGAAACUUUCUGCUAUCAAUGCAUCAGUUUCUGGAGAAAUCAAUCAAUCUGGUGUUGCAGAUAGAGGUGUAUGUAAUGAGUCAUCUGGAGUCAGUGAACUCUAUCUCCAUGACCAGCCUUGCCUCAAGGAUUUAAAGAGUGUGUGUGACUCUUACGAUCUAUUAUGUGCAGUGCCUACUAUGGAAUCUGAAGAUCAAACACUGGUUGCCUCCGCUGCUAAAGAGAUAUUGUCAUCUUGUUCUAUUGACACCUAUCUCCAAGUUGGAAAAGAGGCCCAUGGUCUUUUCGGCCAUAACCAUAACUUCUGCAACUUUUCAGGUCGGAUUGAUGGUUUAUCGCACCUUCAAGAUCAAAAGAUACAAUGCUUUCAUGACUACGAAGCUCUUGCUGCAUCAACUAUUUCUGAGAAAUCUAGGCCAACAAAGUUUGUUGGUGCCGAUGCUGGUACAUUGGGUUGGAAAGGACAACUAGUUAGCACUGACUUAGAACGAGAAAAAUCAUUUUUACCAUGCUCUAAGCCUUGUGAUAAAUCCAACCCUUUCAUUGAGCUAAUUGGCUGCUAUGAACAUCCGAAUCCUGUCCUUUCCUUGUUCAUGAGUACUCAAGGGGAUAUUGUCUAUAUUUGUGUUAUAUGUGGUCUUGUGGAAAGAAGGGAGCGAUCUAUUUUUGUUUAUGAGGUUCUAGUCAGAGAAAUGAAUCAAAGUUGUCCUUCAUUUCUAGGCUACACGAUGAUUUCAUUACCUUCGCAGGGAGAACCCUUUGAUAUAAAAAUUGCAACUGAGAGAUCUUGGAUACAACUUACUCCUGAUGGUCAGGCUCUUGUUUUGCUUGACACUAUUCAGGCUCCUGCCUGCAGAGAGCAAGAUCUCAAUUGUUUGUGCUCUAUGUGCUCUUCAAUUUGUGAGCCAAAUGCUGUAAAGAUAGUUGCUGUAAAGCUUGGUUAUGUUUCAGCAUUGACUAAGGUCAAAACUAUGGAGAUUGCAUACUGUAUAUUAGUCUGUGCACCGUCUUUUCUUGUUGCUUCUGGAGCAAGUGGGAGGUUACAUGUCUUGCUUAUGAAUUCUUCAUGGAGUACAAUUGCGGAGGAAUUUGUAUUGCCGAGUUCCAAUCAGACUCCUGCUUCCAUAAUUGAAUUGAGGAAAAUACCACAGUGUUCUUAUCUCGUCAUUGGUCAUAACAGUCAUGGAGGCUUUGGUUUCUGGGAUAUCUCAAGGCGUGUCCUCCUCGGAAGAUUCUCUGGUUUUGAAUGUUCCGUUGAUCAUGUUCUUCCCAUAGGUUUAUUCAGUAGACAAAAGAGAGAUCCAAUGAUAACCGGUUUAAUGGAAGACGAACUCAGGGAUGAGGCCAUAAUGGCAACUGAGGAUUGGAUUUCGGGGGGUUAUUCUGUGUCUAAUUUGGAGGGGAAUGAAAUAGCAGUUUGGCUUCUUAUCUCUACAGCUUCACAUCCAGGGGAGCAACUCAGUCAAUUACCAGAAGAUUCGGAUGGAAAUCAUUUUGGGUGUUGGAGGUUAGCUCUACUGGUAAACAAUGCUGUUGUUAUGGGAACCAUAUUGAAUCCAAGAGCUAAAGCAGCUGCUAUUUUAGCGGGUUAUGGAAUUAUUGGUACUCAUGAAGGACUGGUAUACAUGUGGGAACUAUCUAGUGGGAGGAAAGUAGCUAAUCUGCACAGUUUUGAUGGUGGUGUAUCUUCUAUUGUUGCUGAUACGAGCUCAAGCAUAUUGGCUGUAGUGGGUGAUGAAUGCAAUGUGCUGCUCUAUGUGAAGGCAUCAGGCCUUCACUUAAAAUGAUACCUUUUGCUUUGCGAUCUUAGUGCUCAGUUUUCCAUAGCAAAUGUACAUUAUUCAGUGUGCUAUUGUUUAUUUUAAUCUUUUUUUAUAGAACACUUGCAGAGAGAGAGAGAGGACCUUGAAGGUGCUUGAUAAUUUGAUUCUUAAUUCAUGUUUUUGUACGUGUUAGAUAUGCAUGAGUGCUAGCAAAAGGCCUUUUUAAAAGUCUGGUCCGUUUUUCGGUGAUAACAGCUAUAUCGGAAACUAUGGUAUGCGAGUCAUUAAUGGAAUGUACAUAAUUGUCACAUGACCUUGUAAUUUGAAAUGAGGUAUGCAACUUCCACAA